CUAAUGCACAAGACCCAUAUGGACAAAAAGAUGGAUAUAAAGAAUUACAAAAGAUUGUCGCUGCAGUUUUUGGUGGUAAAGAUAAUGUAAAAAUAUACAAAAUUGGUGAACAACGUAGAGUUGGUGUAUACAUUGUCGGAUUAGUCAAAAGCAUUGGAAUUGCAGGAUUGAAAACUAUAA